AUGUUUCACCGAAAGUAUAUUAUAAAAGAAACCCAUCCAUUAGGUAAAAGAGAAACAAAGAAAUUCAAGGAAGAUGUUGCCGCUAUUUUAGGUCCAAAGUUUUCAAGUAUUUGUGAGUCUUUGUUUUCGAAGAAGAAUCCAAUUUUAAAGCAGGUAUGGAAAAUUGCCGAAGCUUCUGCCGUUUUGUACCUUGUAGAUCAAGUGCCUCUGUUCGUCACAGUUGAAGAAUUUCCUCAUGACAUGGAUGUAGCUCUUUUUCGCUUUCCAAAUAGGAAUAUUAUGUUGCCAACCAUAUUCCUGUUGCUACUUGCAAGACUGAUAUUUCAUGAAACAUCACAGAAUAUGAUAGACUUUUCACAAAGUGUUGGCUUUUCAGUUUCAUGUCAUAGUCCAACAUCCCGGCAUAUUCUCUCCGGUGCUCAUCUUAUGAUGCCAGGUAUUGUUUCAUGUACUAAGGGUGGUUCAUCGGAAAAUGUUGAAGGUUCAAUAACGUUAAUCUAUGCUCUUCAAAAUGAUACCCCAUUUGCAGUUGGCCUUGCAACACACUACCUCGCUGCAAAGAGCAGCUCUGGUAUAGGAAUAUAUGUUAUAAGUUGCUUCAACGAUUUAAUGUGGAAACAUUUUUAUUCAUCUUUUCAUAUGAAGAGUCUUGCAUUUUCUAUUGGCCUAAACUCUGUACCGAGAGAAUUUACCGAGAAGCAGAUUUUUCCUGUAAUAAGCGAUGCAGGGAAUGAUCUAUUGUUGGAUGACUUAGAGAAACAAGUGGACGACACCAGUGAUGAACCACUUCCCGAUAAUAUUCAAGAUUCGGACUUUUCCUCUAUCCUUGAAGAAUGCCAUCAACUCUUCCCAGAUGAAGAAUCAAUCCUAGAAUUUUCGUUUUGUGAAGCUGUAAAGUCAAUUAAACCGUCUAUGCUGCCACUUCCCCUAUCUGAGUUCACCGCAAUCUUUGUCAAAUCUUAUCCGUUAAUUUCAUCUGAUUCGAAAGAAAUUGACUUUCGUAAAACACACGUUAAAAAAGCGCUUUCCUACUUCAAAAGAUUUCCUGACGUCAUCGAAAUUACGGAGAUAUCUGAAGGAAAUUAUGUAAUUGUGAAUAGAAACAGAGAUGCACCACUUCUUCGAGACCACAAUAGUAAAUUCUCCAUCUUCCUCAAGGAGAUUCAUGAACCCAGGAAGGCACAAUUGUCUCAGAAGAAUCAAAUGGACAAACUGAGGGAUUUUUCUACAGUCGUACUGCCGAAAAUAAUAUCAGUUUCGGAGCUCUACUUUGUCGGUAAAGAUCUAGAGCAGGAUUUUUUUACCUCUUUUUUUGUAGACUCUGGCGCUUUCCAAGCAAUAACACAGAGUUCAGAAUUACCAAAAGAAAGAAUUACGAACCUUGACAAUGUAGAUAAACCUUCUGUUGAUCCUAGCAUUUUCAAUGACGGAUUAACUGCAAAGGAAAUUAUGAACGCAGUUAAUAAUUAUAUUAAACUUAAUAAAUUGACAGUAUCCUUGAGCCAAGAUAGUAAAAUUCCAUUUGUUAAACUAGAUGCAAAGCUUUCUCAGUUUGCAUGUUCAAACUCUUCUGAAAUGUUGAUAACUACUUUAAGGGAUCGCAUCCUUAGGAGGUUUACAUUAAAGCAUAAAAUCGUCUGGAAACCUGCUGUACAAAAUGACUCCAUGGAUGUCGAUGAUAUUCAUUCCCGUUGUAUUUUAGCCAAUGGAUCCCCCCCAAUUGUCAAGAUAUGGACAAAGAUGGAGCGUGGCAAUAAAAUUAUCACUAUUGUGGAAAAUUUAGACCACUAUUGUUUGGACUUUCAUACCAUCUCUGCAUUUUUCCGCAAGCAACUAGCCACAAGCUGUUUUGAAUACAGCCAAAAUGGUAAGCUUGAAACUUUAAAGGGAGGGAAAAAGAACAAGUUACUAACUGCCCUUAAGGGGGACCUAAAGGAUAAGGUAAGAAAAUUGAUUCUGAAUGAAUUUGGGAUUCCUUCCCAAUAUGUUAACUAA